GAAAAACAGUAUUCCGCGGGCGAAAUAAAAUGUAAUAUAAAUACUUCCUUUCCCGAACGUAUUAUUUGCUUUUCAGCUUUUUGCUAAAAAGGCCGCAUUAGAACAUAAUUUCGUUUUGAAAAGGCUCCAUUUAAAAAAAGUUGUGUUUCUGGAACCGUAAUGAAAUCUACUUGGUCGCAUUAAGAAUUAACGCCUGGAGUCGGUAAAUUACAUUUUCUUCGGAUGCUGGAAAUUUAGAGUGAAGUAAAGAGACGGCUCGGCGGGAGUUUACUUUUGGAAACGCUUGCGCACCCCCUACAAUUUACUCCGAACAGUAGGGGUUGUUCCGUCACAUCAUCGUAACCCUUGCCUCGAUACGCACGAGAAGUCACGAGUAUCGUUUUCACGCGUUCGCGUAUGUGUUUAAAAAUGAAUUUUCACCGACAUCCCUUAAUAGCGCACAUACAAACUUUCAUUAAAGGAAAGUGAAAACUACUUUAGCGCCUGUUAUUGCGAUGUAGUUAUAAAGUGAGGUGAACAAUGACAUGCCGUUUGUGGAUUAUUCAAAUCCUGACACUUUUCCUCUGCCAUAAAGACGUGUGGUGUCUAAAAAGCGUAAUACUAACACUGGAGCCGGCAGUCGUACAACGAUACCACUAUUGCACGUUAAUGUGCAAUUACGAUUUAGAAGGAGCGCCCUUAUAUACAGUGAAAUGGUACCGAGGCCUUCACGAGUUCUACCGCUACACCCCAAACGAAUACCCGAACACGAAAAUCUUCCCCAUCGGCGGAAUAACGGUAGAUUUUUCUCCUUUACAGGUUAACCAUUCAAACAGCACCCAAGUUGUUCUCCGAAAUGUUGAAUUCAAUUUAUCCGGAAACUUUUCCUGCGAAGUUACAACGGAAGAAGGUUUCUCUACCGGAUACGAUACUAAGACUAUGUUGGUUGUUCAACUUCCCGAAGAGCCCCCGACAAUUAGUGUCAGUAGUGAACCGCUGGAUUACGGAGACGUUCUGAGAGCCAAUUGUUCUUCACCCCCUUCGAGACCUCCGGCCACGCUAAAAUUUAUAUUAAAUAAUAGAACGGUUGCCAAAAGCGAAACAAUAAUAACGAAAAAGUCGCAGGAAAUGCUCUGGAGCGAUUUAUAUCUGGAACUUCCAUUAUCAGAAGUACACUUUAACGGCGGACGUUUAAUUUUAAGAUGUGAAGCUCAAAUAGCCGAUAUGUAUCUAGAGUAUGCAGAACUGAGACUUGAUAGUGUUAGAGAUCCCGUCCCGGAAAGAGUGAGUGCCGUCGAUCGAGCUAGUAGAAUACUCGACUUAACGUUAGUUCAAUGGAUUAUAAUAAUUGCGACGAUAUUACAGAAUAGUUAAUGUUUAUUUUUGUCACCUGUAACUCACUAAUAUUCAUAGAUUGUUUAAUGUUAAUUAUGUAAAGAGAUCAAAAUUAGUAAGUACGAGUGAGAGGUAGGUUAUUAUUGUUGUACAAAGAAACAGGCAACAACCUUUCAGUUCUAACUAAAAAAACUUUUGUACCGGAAAAUAUUAGAAAGAAAAAUGUAGGCAUAUAAGGGAAAAAUUGCGCAAUUUUUGAGUUGUUGUGUUUUCCGAAAUGAUAAAGUAGAAGACAUUUGUUACAAAGAUUUUUCCCGCAGUAUUAAUUCUACUUCAUAUAAUUUUCUACGUAUUUCUAUACUUUGACGCUAUACAAUUUUGUUAUUUGAUACGAGAGCAUUUUUUAAAGUUGUAAUUAAGGAAGUCAAGCGAAAAAUGGUAUAUGUUUGUAACGAAUUUUCAACGGAAAAUGCUUUUCGUUUUAACCAUAACGUACAACAUAAUUCUAUUGUAAUCCUGCAAUGGACUCGCUUUUACGUAAACUUCCAUCCUUUAUAGUUUAUUACAAAGAAUCUUACAUUUCACACGAAACUUUCUUUGUGAAUGUGUGAUUUUCUCAAAAUCAAGCUUUGGAAAACACCAAGAUCACAGAAAAAUGACUUCGGUGCAAAAAAACGAAACAAUUACCAUUUUUCCGAAUUACUAAACGAGAUAGUAUUGCAGUUUCUGUACAGAUGCCCUAAGCAAUCAAUUUUUAAAUGUAAUACAGUUGUUAUACAAGGUGUUAACUGUGAUAAUAUUAAUAAAAAUGUUUUAUGUUU